UCCCGGACAACAGCUCAACACCGAUCACCAAGUGAUAGAUCAUGUAAGCCUUCGGUGCAAUUGAUGAAGUAAGAAUCCUUUCAUUUGUACUCCUUGACCUCAGAUCAUACAGGGGAGCUCUAUUCUAUAUCGUUCUCUCGAAGUUAUAAGUCUCCAUUCCCUCCUCAAUUCUUUCUCUUUUCAAUCAAUCACUUCUCAAUUCUCUUCAUCAUCUCUCGAUCAAUUGACUACAACAGAACAAAACUCACAAUGGCUCCUCAACCAUACAAGAUCUCCGUUCCCCAGGAGAAAAUCGACAACCUCAAGCUGAAGCUUUCACAAGCAGAGUUCCCAGACGAGCUCUCAGAAUCAGCAUGGGAACUCGGUGUCCCUCUCUCUGACAUGAAAAGACUCGUCAAAGCCUGGCAACAAUGGGACUGGCGACAAGCCGAAGAGAAAAUUAACAAGCUCCCUCAAUUCCACACUCCAAUUAACGUCGACGGCUUCGGAGAGCUAGACAUCCACUUCGUCUGGCAAAAGAGCGAAGUCAAGAACGCCAUCCCAUUGCUAUUCUGCCACGGCUGGCCCGGCUCCUUCAUCGAAGUCCAACACAUCCUCCCCCUCCUCGCCCAACCCAACGGCCCCGCCUUCCACAUCGUGGCCCCCUCCCUCCCGAACUUCGGCUUCAGCCAAGGGCCCAGCAAACGCGGCUUCGCCUCCGCCCAAUACGCCGAAACCUGCCACAAACUCAUGCUCUCGCUCGGCUACCCCGAGUACGUGACCCAGGGCGGCGACUGGGGCUUCACCGUCACCCGCGCCAUGGGCAAACUGUACCCGCAAUCCUGCAAAGCGAGCCACAUCAACAUGAUCCUGGCCUUUGCGCCGACAUGGAGCAAGAACCCUUUGCUGGCAUUACAGCACGCUCUCACGCCUUACAGCGAGAAAGAUAAAAAGGGGUUCGAGCGCUCGGAAUGGUUCGCGAGGGAGGGGAGAGGCUAUAACCUGGAACAAAGCACAAAGCCGCAAACGCUCGCUUACGCACUGAACGACUCCCCCGUCGCGCUGCUAGCAUGGAUCUACGAGAAGCUGCACGACUGGACAGAUUCCUACCCGUGGAGCGACGACGAGAUCUUCACCUGGGUCUCCAUCUACGCGUAUUCACGUAUGGGACCGGGCGCUGCACAUCGCAUCUAUUAUGAAGUGACGCACACGCAGCCGGGGCCGGGACGGGUCACACAGGCGGAUAUCGCGGGCUGGAUUGGGGGCGUGAAGUUGGGGAUGGCGUUUAAUCCGAAGGAGUUGGGUGUUUUCCCCAAGACGUGGUGUCGGACGCUGGGGCCGGUGGUGUAUGAGAGUGAUAAUGAGAGCGGGGGGCAUUUUUUUGCUACCGAGAGGCCGGAGUUGUUGGCGAGGGAUUUGAGGACGAUGUUUGGAAGGAAGGGGGGUGCGUUUGGGGCUGUGAAGGGGAAGAGUGGGUUUGAUGAUGGGAAGGCGAGGUUGUGAGUUGAAAAUCUGGGUUGUAGGUGUUGUAGCUGUUUAGCUAUUAGAGUGUAUUGUCGUUAGUCGUUAAGCAAAUCGGAGUUCAUUUACUAAG